GCGACCCCGGGGGGGGCGUGGCAACCCUGAGGGGGCGGGGCUAUUUCCGCCGAGCCCUCGAUCAUGACUUCGUGGAUCAGAGCGGCGACUUUUUUGGCAUCGCCGUCUCGGCUCUGGUGUCAGAGGAGGCCCUCCUCACUCCUCUCCUCAUCAUCCUCCUCCUCAUCAUCCUCCUCCUCAUCCUCGUCAUCCUUCUCUACUCUGCAAGGGGUGACCAUGUCGCGACACACCAACGCACAGCGCAUCGAUGGGCUGGACAAGAACGUAUGGGUGGAGUUUGUGAAGCUGGCCAGGGACUACCCCUCGGUGAACCUGGGCCAGGGCUUCCCGGACUUCGCGGCGCCGGAGUCGGUGACGCGGGCACUGGCGGAGUGUGCUCUCAGCCCGGAGCCGCUCAUGCAGCAGUACACGCGCAGCUUCGGCCACCCAGCUCUGGUACGUGCCCUCUCCACCCUCUACUCCGGUGUCCACGGCCGGGAGCUCGACCCGGAGUCCAACUUGCUGGUCUCCGUCGGGGGCUACGGAGCUCUCUUCUGCUGUGUUCAGGCCCUGGUGCAGCACGGAGACGAGGUGGUCAUCAUUGAGCCGUUCUUCGACUGCUACGAGCCGAUGGUCCGCAUGGCCGGGGCUACCCCGGUGUUUGUCGCUCUCCGGCCGCGUGGGCAGGCGACGUCGAGUGCUGAUUGGUGCCUGGACCCCCACGAGUUGGCGUCGAAGUUCAACUCCAGGACCAAGGCCCUGAUCCUCAACACGCCCAACAACCCCCUCGGGAAGGUGUACACGAGGGAGGAGCUGCAGGUGAUUGCCGACCUGUGCGUGCAUCACGACGUGCUGUGCAUCAGCGACGAGGUGUACGAGUGGCUCGUGUACAGCGGGCACACGCACACACGCAUCGCCACGCUGCCUGGCAUGUGGGAGCGGACCCUCACCGUGGGCAGUGCCGGGAAGACGUUCAGCGUCACCGGCUGGAAGCUGGGCUGGACCGUGGGACCUGACCACCUCGUCAAACACUUGCAGACGGUGCACCAGAACUGCAUCUACACCUGCCCCACACCCACACAGGAGGCGGUGGCCCAGGGCCUGCAGCAGGAGCUGCUCCGCCUCGACUCGUCCGCCUGCUACUUCCGCUGGCUGCCGCGCCUGCUGCAGGCCAAGCGCGACCGCUUGGCCUCCGUGCUGAGCCGGGCCGGCAUGCGGCCCACACUGCCCCACGGCGGAUACUUCAUGGUCGCCGACUUCUCGGGGCUCGUGCCGAGUAUGGACCUGUCGGAAGAGAAGGACCCCCAUCUGGAUUACCGCGUGGUCAAGUGGAUGGCCAAGCACAAGAAGCUGGCGACCAUUCCCAUGACGGCCUUUUACUCGGAGGGCAGCAAAAAGGAGUUUGAGCAUUACAUCCGUUUCUGCUUCAUCAAGGAGGAUUCGACGCUCGACGCCGCCGAGAAGAUUCUCAACGAGUGGGCCAACGUCGACUAAGGGCGGGGGGUUUGGGGGGGCGGGGAUU